AACACCUCGCAUUUCCGGAGUUGUUUUCAUUCCACACCAUGUGCACGUUAGAGAAGCGCGGCGACAUUUUCUAUCUAACGCUGACCGGCGACGGCGAGCACCGGUUGAACCCGGAUCUCAUCACCUCUCUCGGCGCCGCACUAGCCGAUGUCAAGUCCCAAGCUGCCAGGGGAUCUGUGCUGAUCACCAAGGCGGAGGGGAACUUCUUCUCCAACGGCUUCGACUUGAAAUACGCCAAAGCCGCCGGCUCGCCGGAAGCCGCCUCGGAUCGGCUGCUCCACAUGGUGGAGAUGUUCAGGCCGAUCGUGGCGGACCUAAUCUCCCUCCCGAUGCCGACCAUCGCGGCGGUCACCGGCCACGCCGCCGCCGCGGGGCUGAUGCUGGCCAUGAGUCACGACUACGUCACCAUGAGGUCAGACAAAGGCGUGCUGUACAUGAGCGAGAUGGAUAUCGGGCUACCCCUGCCGGACUACUUCUCCGCGAUGAUCAGAUCGAAGGUGAGCUCGUUGGCUGCCAGGCGAGCGUUAGUGUUGAAAGCCUCGAAGCUGAAGGCGGCGGAGGCGCUAGGGUUAGGGUUGAUCGACUCCGCGCACGCCAACGCGGAGGAGACCGUGAAGGCGGCGGUGCAGAUAGCAGAGACGCUGUCGAAGAGGCGGUGGGAGGGUAAGAAUUACGCUGUGAUGCGGAAAUCGUUGCUUCCCGACGCUUGCACCGUGUUGAAGUUGACUGAAACCGCCGUUAUGCCUUCACGUCUUUGAAUCAAUCAUCCAUUACCGAUGAAUCCAAUACUUACAUUUGGGGAAAAAUUAUGGUCUUAGAGACUAAAAAAUAAUAAAAUUUUCAAUUUUAGUGUUAUGUGUCUUUGUUGGAGCUGAAAAUAUUGCAAUUUCUGGAAGCAGAAGGCUAUGAAUUUAUGUAUGCCAUUGUAUGUGCCUGAAGAUAAUAAGAAUCCUUGUAUUUUCUCCUGCUUC